AUGAAGACCUUGCUCACAUCGCAGGAGCUUUGGGACUUGGUGGAGCACGGGUUCGUUGGUGUAUUAGAACCCGCAAUAGAAGAAAAGAAGAGACUAAGAGAAACCAAGAAAAAUGAUGCCAACGCUCUGUUCAUUAUUCAGCAAGCAAUUCAUGUGACUAUUUUUUCACGAAUUACAGCAGUAACCACAUCAAAGCAAGCAUGGUCAAUUCUACAGAGGAAGUUUCAGAGAGAUUCAAAGGUCAUAACAGUGAAAUUGCAAUCUCUAAGACGUGAUUUUGAAACUCUGCUCAUGACGAAUGACGAAUCAAUUGCUUAUUUUUUGUCAAGAACAAUGAAAAUAGUCAGUCAGAUGCAUACCUAUGUUAAGAAAAUUUUAGAUGAAACAAUUGUUGCAAAGGUGUUGAGAAGCUCAACUCCAAAGUUUGACCAUGUGGUGGCUGCCACAGAAGAAACUAAGGAUUUAUCAAUACUCUCCAUUGAUGAACUGAUGGGCUCACUUCAAUCUCAUGAGCAAAUAGAAGUCGUGGAAGAGGAGAAUUUCGCAGCUUUCAUGGUGGUCAUGAUAAUAGGGAUAGAUAGAGAAAUGAUGGACAAAGGCAAUUCAAUGAACAAAGGAAUAUCAUACAAUGUUACCAUUGCAGAAGUAGAAGAAGAAGAAAAGCUUUUUAUGGCAUGCACUGAUAUUAAUCCAAAGAAAGGUGACUUAUGGUUUGUUGAUAGCGGAUGCUCAAACCAUGUGACUGGUACCAAAUCUUUAUUCCAAGAGCUUGACGAGACGCAAAGAAUUAAGGCGCAACUUGAAAAUACAAAAGAGAUACAAGUUGAGGGUAAAGGCACAGUAAAAGUCGAAACCAGUCAUGGUAAGAUAAAACUAUUAGAUAAUGAUCCAAAAGAGAUGACAGUUAAAGAGAUUACAGUUGAAGUUUCUCCAGAUGAAGAGACAAGGGUCAACUCCAGUACAUCUCCUAUUGCCUCCACUGUAACACAAAAUCUACUCCAGUACAUCUUCUAG